AUGUCGGCUUUGCCCGACCCUCUCGUGAGAAGAAACCGGGGCUACUUAGGCAGUGACAGCUCCGCCUUGUCCGCUCGCGAUAUUCAGGACCGCAGUCAGUUGCGUUAUGAGCUCGAUCUCAACUCGUGGAACCUGCGUAUUUGGGGCGUAGCCGCAUCGGGUUUUCUAACAGAUUCCUACAACCUCUUUUCCACAAAUGUUAUUCUUGCCUCCAUAGCAUUUGUGUACUGGCCUUCACCCGGCGAAAGAUGGCAAGGGCUGCUCAUCAACUUCUUCACUCUUCUGGGAUCCGUGAUUGGUCAAUUGCUCUUUGGCUUUCUGGCCGACUUCUAUGGACGAACACGCCUUUAUGGCAUUGAGCUUGUACUUGUCAUUGUGUCGACAAUUGGUGUUGCCACUAGCAGCUAUGGCUUCGAUGACAUGAGCUUCUUGGCUCUUUUCAUCUGGUGGCGCUUCGUGAUGGGUAUCGGCAUCGGUGCCGAGUAUCCCCUUAGCGCAGUCAUAACCUCAGAAUGGUCGAGCACUCAGUCCAGGGGAACUAUGAUCUCUUCUACAUUCAUGAUGCAGCCCAUAGGCCAAGCUCUUGCCCAACUUGUCGGCCUCUGGGUUCUCGUCGGUCGUGACAAAAGCGAGGGCCUACAAGCCAUGCAGUGUGGCCUCGACACGAAAUAUGAUAGGGAAUGUCGCCGCGCCGUCGAUGGCAUUUGGCGCAUCGUCAUCGGCUCUGGCGCCGUCCCCGCUCUUUUAGCCAUCAUUUUCCGGUUCUUUUUAGUAUACGGCGCUCCUGCUGGCGCGACAGCCGGCUACCCCAUGACCCCUCAAGAUGGGAUGCAACCAUCCAACUCACAACAGCCUAUGCCCAUCCAAUUUUCUAAGCAGGAUCUUUACAGGUACUUCAUCGAAGACGGAAAUUGGUACUACCUACUAGGCACCGCUGCAACAUGGUUUUUCCUUGAUGUAAGCUUCUAUGGUCUCAGUCUUGACAAUAGAGGGACUCUGUCAGACAUGUGGGCGACCACGGGACCGACGCCCAUCGACGACCGGCUACCGUGCUGGAACUCCAAGUUUCCUGACGGCAACGCAACCGCACGACUAUGGAGCCAGACCGGCCUUCCGGUCUGGCAGACGGACGCAACUCUACCUUGCAACACCAUCUAUGAUGUGCUUCUGGAACAGGCCAAGCAGUAUUUGUUGACUGUGUCCAUCGCCUCGAUCGCCGGCAGUGCCUGUUUUGUCGUCGCUGCCAAUAGGAUCCCGAGAAGACUUUGGCUCACAGUUUCCUUUUUCGUUCUGGCUAUACUAUUUGUCAUUACGGGUUGUGUAUACUAUGGCGUCAACAGAACCCCCGGAGCGCCGGCGACUGUCGUAUUUGUGGCGCUAUGCCACUUCAUGUUCAACUUUGGGGCAAACACCCUGACCUUCAUCAUCCCAGCGGAAAUCUUCCCAACCUGUUACCGCUGCACCUGCCACGGCAUCUCCGCUGCCGCCGGAAAGCUGGGCAGCAUCGUGGCCCUCCUCGUCGUGUAUGGCAUCAACUCGUCCUACACCGCCGUCAAUCGGCAGGGACUCAUCUUUUUGCUCUUUGGCUCCUUUGUCGCCGUCGGCGCCGUCUUCUCUUGGGCCUAUCUGCCCGACUCCCAGCGGUGGGUCAUUGACGAGGACACCGGGCGGCGCGUGCUGGAGCAGAAAACGCUCGAGGAGCUGGGAGAGGGGCGUGAGAGGGCGAGGCAACUAGGCGAGGUGAUUACUGUCAAGGAAAAGUGGCAUGAUCUGAAGAGGAGGAGGGUGUCGCCUUCGCCUUCGCAGGCAACGAAUCCGUAA